AUGUUUAACAAAAAACCUCGUAGAAACUUUCGACAGAGAAAAUGUGGUUCUAGUGAUGAAGAGGACCAGGAGAAAAACAGCAAAGAAGACGAUGAGAACGAGAAAAGUGCUUCUGCGGUUAACCGACCGCAGAAACUGCCUCAGAACCGCGGGAUCACCUGCAGCUCCAAACGGGAAAAGACGCCUCCAAACAGUGGGGAUGAAGACGAGGGAGAGGGACUGGAGCUCACAGCCAUAAAACACAGCAACGCAGGGAAAGGAAACGCAAACACUGUUCUCAGCUUUACUGAGGAAGGUGGAGAGGCAGAUUUUAAGUUGAAAAAAUCAAAAGAUAAAGCUGUGCUGUUUCAGCACAGGAAGAAGGAGUCAUCAACCACAAAAACAUCAUUGAAAUCUUCAGCAACCAGCACAAAUGUUUUACAAACUGUAGAUUCUGGUGACCAGUCUUCCUCUAACCAUGACAGUGAUGAUGAUGUUGAGAAUACAAAGUCUUUCAGCAGCAGUUCAGGUGAUCAAAGUGAUGUUGACGCCAAACCGGCAUCCCUGGAUUCUCACACUAGUUCAGGGUCCAGCCACAGAUGUGUUCCUAAACGAGUCGUCAUUCCUACUGCCAAACAAAUUGAAGCAGCUAGGAAACAACGACGUGCCAAUUUGACUAGGAAAGAGUAUAUUCCUCUAAACAAAGAUGGUUAUAGUUCGGCUGCAAGCACCCCAGAGCGCUCCAGCACGAAAGACGAAGACGAACAAGUAGAAGAUGACAGUGACGAACCUGAUGAUCAUGAGAGAAGAAUAGAGUUUGCACCUCAACCAAAAAGUGUUCGAGAGAGAAUAUUAGAGCAAAUGGGUGACGGUGACAACAGUGUAUCUGGGACUGAUGAAGAGCAAGAACUCUGGGAGGAAACGCAAAUUGUAAAAGGUUUGAAAAGGAGACCAGGGGAACAGAGCCCAUCUGGGAGCGAAUCAAGCAGCUACAGCAGCAGGCCUGUGUGGCAGAAGAAGAAGAAGAUCCCAGCUCUUCCUGAUGUUUCUGUGUCAAUGAUAAAGAAAAGGAUCACUGUAAAACUGGACUCUUUGAAAGAAGUGCACAGAGCUCGUCAAGCUGAGUUUCGACGAAUGGAAGGAGAUAUUGAAAAUGCACGAUGCUCAGCUGAGAAUUUAGAAGAAAGUUCUGUGGAGUUGGAGUUGAAGUUUUAUAGAGACAUGACUCUUUAUACCCAUAAUCUUGUGGAAUGCCUACGUGAAAAAAUUGUUGAGAUUAACUCUUUGGAGCUGGAUACGUACACGCUGCUUUCGGACCAAAUGGAGUCACUAUUGUCUCGGAGACGACAGAAGGUCAAAGAGCAAGCAGAACACUUACAACAGCUGAGCUAUAAAAAGGAUGAACACGCUGCCAAUGGAAAAUCAGUUUUUAGUGAGUCUGCUCCUGUGUCAAAUAUAGAAGAAUAUGAUGUACCUGAAGACACAACGCCUUCCUCUGAAGAUUUGGAGCUCUGUAAUAAACACAUGGAGGAUAUUCUCUUGCGGUCCAAGGCUGUCUUUUCUGAUGUGAAAGAUGAUUUCUAUGAUGUGAAGAAGAUCUUGUCCCGGUUUGAGAAGUGGAGACGAUCCUACUCGGACUCGUAUCAUAAUGCCUACAUCUCCCUGUGUCUACCCAAGUUACUGCACCCCAUUAUCAGACAUCAGCUUCUGUCCUGGAAUCCUUUAAAGGAGUCGAGUGAGGACUUUGAAAAUAUGCCGUGGUUCACUGCACUGGAGACUUUCUGCCACGGACAUGGUCACGAAGAGCUGGAGAAGACAGACAGACAGACUGUGACAAAUGUUAUAGAGAAAGCCUUAUUUCCAAAACUCACAGCUUUUGCUGAGAUGGUUUGGGAUCCUAUGUCACUGCAUCAAACUGUUCGUUUGGCUGAUUUGUGUCAUAGACUGAGGGACGACUAUUCUAUCUUUGAAGGCGAACACAGUAAACCCGUCAAGGCAUUCAUAGAUGCGGUGUCCAUUCGCUUGAAGGCCUGUGUGGAUGAAGAUAUCUUCAUUCCGAUCUAUCCCAAAAGGUUCUUGGAGGAUUUGUCUUCUCCCCAGUACCAUUUCAGAGAGCAGCAAUUCUGGACUGCAGUCAAACUUCUUUGCAUCAUGGGAAAUUGGGAUAUGGUGCUUCCCGAAGUUUUAUUGAAAGAACUGAUGUUGGACAAACUUCUCAGCCGUUAUAUUCUGAUCAGCUUAAUGAACUCUACUGGAACCACAAUUAACGCGUGCAAAAAGAUUGCAGAGAGCUUACCCUUGUCUUGGUGCUCAGAAAAUACUUUACCUCAGCUUAAAUCCUUCGAACAGUAUUUAGUUCAGAUGGUUCACUCCAUUUGUAAACAACAAUCUCCAAAGGAUCCAAGUACAAAAUCCACCGUGACUGAAGUUCUGAAGAUUUUGAGUCGCAUCAGGUGCUACGAGCCGAUAAUGACAAUAGCUGAGAAAUAUCACUAUGAAGAUGCAAUUUAUACUCAUCAGCUGUUAAGUCAGGAUACAGGCAUUGUGUAA